UCCCAGCUCGCCAUAGUGACACAACCGCGCCAUGUGGUCCGUGCUCCUUAGCGCACCUUUCGCAGAUGCACUGGACCUGGGGUCAACUGCUUCACAGCUGGAGGACUGUGCCCGGCUGCUCAUGGAAACACGCGCUGGAACGCGGCAUGAGGAGCUGAUGGAGUGCCGAGUGCCUCUCUUGGGCUCACUGCACGAGGACCAGAUCCCGGGCUACAGCUACAACGCCACCGAGGAUUGCCAUUUCUGGGCCAGCUAUGCGGCCCGCGAUCGCCACGUAGAGAGCAGCGGCGUACUGGAUUUUAUGCGCCUGGCGGCCUAUCGGUAUGCACCCUUUGAGCCACCCCUGUUACCCAACGGCACGGCGCUCUACAUCGGAGCCCAUCGAUCUGGCGAAGACGGACUCGAGUUCCAUCGAAGAUUUGCAUUACAAAUGCACUUGUUUGAGCCUUCUCCCACCUAUUUCGAGACUUUGAGCAGCUCGCUUCGGGGAGUGCCCGGUUUCACGCUGCACAACUACGGCCUGGGCGCUCAGACGAAGCGCCGCUGGCUGCGGCUGCAGGGCACCGCCUCGCGGGUGGUGGCCUCGGAGGCUUCGGAGGAGGAUACAGAAGCGGUUCUGAUCCGCUCCGCAGCGGAAGCGAUCCCAGAGGUGCUGGCGCAAAGUCGCCGAGAUCAUGUGGAACUGCUUCAUGUGAAUUGCGAAGGAUGCGAGUAUGAUGUGGUCCAGGGCUUGAGGGAUACUGGACAUUUGGCGCGCAUCUCACAAGUGCAACUGGCCACACACCUGGUGGAAUACGAUGGGCCCAGUGCUGAUUUUCACGAAGCGGUGUCGCUCUCCUUGCAGGUCUCCGUGAAGAGAUAUUGCGAGAUGCAUCGCGCCUUAUCUCAUACCCACGAACGUGCUUGGGGCCUUCCCUGGGUAUGGGAACGCUGGACACGCCGGGCCAAAAUGUGGGGCGAGAGAAGGGGGCAGGUGUGA